GGCACACAUGAAAACCUCGAUCCUUCUCGCCGCCCUCUGCGCACUGCUCGUCGCUGGCACCGACGCCCACAGCAACGACCAAGGCUUGGUGCGUGGCGGUCGAAACUUGCGAGGCGAGCCAGACGGUCCCGCCCAUUUCGACAUCAUUCAAGGCGACGAAUCCAUCAAAGAUCAGGCGGGGCCCUCUCCUGCGGUCGAGGCGUCGAACAACGCCCCCUCUCACGGAGACUCCCCUCCGGCCGCUUCUGUUGUUUCAGAAGACUCCGACGCGGAAGUGGAGCCCCACGCUGAAGCGGCCGGCUCGGAGAACGCCCAUGCGGACGGUGAGCCGCCUGCUGCCAAGAGUGACGCGGACAACGCCCACGAAGAAGUGGAGCUACCGGCCGCCGCCGACAAGGACAAUUCGCAUGCCGAAGUCGAACCCCCUGCGCGUGCAAGUGAAUCCGACGAUGCUCACGCCGAAGUCGAGCUUCCGGCUGCAGCGACUGGGUCAGACAACGACCAUGCAGAAGACGAGCUUCCGGCAGCGGCCGGAGGCUCCGAGAACUCGCCAGCGGAUGUCGAGGCAUCCAGUGGCGACGAUGGCACGUCGAAUUAAGAUGGCUGCUGCCCGCAGUGCUCGCGGGUGUCCCCACGCUGUUUUGCGCACCUGCUUCGUGUAAGACUGUGAUGUUGUAAAAGUAAUAUCGAUCCAUCUGUGAUAUUCUCCAAA